UAUUUAGCGGAAAGGUGGCUAAAUAGUUUCACGUCACGUUUUUAAAACGGCAAAUAAGGAGGGAAAAGCGGUGUGCAAAGGCUUUGGGCUGUUUAAAAGAAUAAAUUAGAAAACAUCCAAAAACGACCACCCGAACGGUUCUCGGGCUGGCAGGCUAUGUUACCUAGCAACGGACUGAAAGGUCGGCCCUCUGACGUCGGGCUGGCGUCACAUGCUUUGGGGUGAGUCGUGGUGGACAGGGGUAAUGGGGGAGAGGAGGAGGAGGACGCAGAAGAAGAAGAAGGGUGCUUCAGAGGAGGAAGAGGAAAUCUCGCGGGAAGUAACUAUAGAGACCAAACGGCUUCUCCUCAACGUUGACAUUCAGAAGCGGAGGAGUGAGGCGCCGUGAGUCCUUUUAUGUGUAACUAAGAAGAUCACCUUUUAUUGAUGUGUCAGCUGGAUUAUCAACACCAGGAAACCUAAGUCAAAAUGAGGUUAAAGACUUCUCUGCUAAAGGAACCGAAGCAUAAGGAAUUGGUUAGUUGUGUAGGCUGGACAACAGCAGAUGAGCUCUAUUCAUGCAGUGAUGAUCACCAGAUUAUGAAGUGGAACCUGUUAAAUGGUGAAACAACACUAGUAGUGAAGCUUCCUGAUGAUAUCUAUCCCAUAGAUCUUCACUGGUUUCCUAAAAGUUUAGGUGGCAAGAGACAAAUCCAAGCUGACAAUUUUGUACUCACAAGUUCUGAUGGCAAAUUCCAUUUGAUUUCCAAGACUGGAAGAAUUGAAAAAAGUGUAGAAGCCCACUGUGGAGCUGUACUUGCAGGACGAUGGAAUUAUGAGGGAACAGCACUUGUUACAGUUGGUGAAGAUGGACAAAUAAAAAUAUGGUCUAAGAGUGGAAUGCUGAGAUCUACUUUAGCACAGCAAGGAACACCAAUAUAUUCAGUAGCUUGGGGACCAGAUUCUGAAAAGAUUCUCUAUACAUCAGGAAAGCAGCUAAUUAUCAAGCCACUUCAGCCAAAUGCUAAAGUUCUGCAGUGGAAAGCACAUGAUGGAAUUAUUCUAAAAGUUGAUUGGAACUCAGUUAAUGAUCUUAUCCUGUCAGCUGGUGAAGACUGCAAAUAUAAGGUAUGGGAUAGUUAUGGUCGUCUGCUGUAUAGCUCACAGGCACAUGAGUAUCCUGUCACUUCUGUCGCUUGGGCUCUGGAUGGGGAGUUAUUUGCUGUGGGGUCCUUUCGUACAUUACGACUUUGUGAUAAAACAGGGUGGUCCUAUGCGUUAGAGAAACCAAACACCGGCAGCAUAUUUAAUAUUGCUUGGUCUACUGAUGGCACACAAAUAGCUGGUGCUUGUGGAAAUGGACAUGUGAUUUUUGCCCAUGUUGUCGAACAACGAUGGGUGUGGAAAAACUUUGAAAUAACAUUAACUAAAAGAAGAACGAUGGAGGUUCGUAAUGUACUUAAUGAUGCAGUGGACUUACUGGAAUUUCGUGACAGAGUCAUUAAAGCUUCUUUGAACUAUGGGCAUUUAGUAGUUUCAACAUCUCUUCAAUGUUACAUAUUCUCAGUUAAAAACUGGAAUACUCCAUUAAUCUUUGAUCUCAAAGAAGGAACUGUCAGUUUGAUUUUACAAGCAGAAAGGCAUUUUCUUCUUGUAGAUGGUGGAGGAAUCUAUCUAUAUUCCUAUGAAGGACGUUUCAUUUCUUCACCAAGGUUUCCAGGAAUGAGAACUGAUGUACUCAGUGCUCAAACCAUAUCUUUGAGUAAUGAUACUUUAGCAGUAAGAGACAAAUCUGAUGAAAAAGUUAUAUACCUGUUUGAUCCCUUAUCUGGCAAACCCCUUGGAGAUGGAAAGCCCCUUAGCCAUAAGACAGAAAUAAUGGAAAUUGCCUUAGACCAGAAGGGUCUUACAAAUGAAAGGAAAAUAGCAUUUAUUGACAAAAAUAGAGAUCUUUAUAUAACUUCUGUGAAGAGAUUUGGGAAAGAACAGAAAAUUAUUAAAAUAGGAACAAUGGUGCACACUGUGGCGUGGAAUGACACAUGCAACAUACUUUGUGGACUUCAAGAUACACGUUUUCUAAUUUGGUUCUAUCCUAGUGCAGUAUAUGUAGACAAAGAUCUUUUGUCCAAAACUCUGUAUGAAAAGGAUGCAAGUGAAUUUAGUAAAAAUCCUCAGAUUGUGAGUUUUGUUGGAAGUCAAGUAACUAUCCGGAGAGCUGAUGGCUCACUUAUUCACAUUAGCGUUUCACCUUAUCCAGCUAUACUUCAUGAAUAUGCAAACAACUCAAAAUGGGAAGAUGCCAUCAGAUUAUGUCGCUUUGUUAAGGAUCAAACAUUGUGGGCAUGUCUAGCUGCUAUGGCAGUAGCUAGUAAGGAUAUGAACACAGCAGAAGUGGCCUACGCAUCUAUUGGCGAAAUUGAUAAAGUUCAGUAUAUCAGUUCCAUCAAAGAUCUUCCAUCAAAAGAAUCUAGAUUGGCUCAUAUUCUGCUGUUCAGUGGAAAUGUACAAGAUGCUGAAACCCUGCUUCUUCAAGCUGGCCUUGUUUACCAAGCUAUUCAAGUCAAUAUUAACCUUUACAACUGGGAAAGGGCACUAGAACUUGCUGUGAAACACAAGACACACGUUGACACGGUUCUGGCUUACCGACAAAAGUUCUUGGAUGACUUCGGCAAAAAAGAAACGAAUCAGCGAUUUUUGCAAUAUGCAGAAGGGCUUGAAGUUAACUGGGAUAAAAUCAAAACGAAAAUAGAACUGGAAAUUGCGAAAGAGAGAGAACGAGCGGCAGCUGCUCCAGCAGUCAGAGCAAGUCUAACCAUACAGCGCUAAGGGCCAUGCUGAUCAUAUUAAGUAGUUGUUUUAUCACUCUUUGCUACUUCAGCAGACUGGUAAGCCUUGGUAUGCGAGUCUGUUUAUUGUGGGUGGACAGUAAUGUCUGACUCUUCAGUCUCAACCCAUGUGUAGUGCUUAUUUAUUGUUGAUGGAAAUGAAUGUAUAUGUGUGUAAACCUGUUAUGAACUACAAAACUGUUCUGGUUAUAGUGCUCAUAUAAGAAAUCUGAAGUUCUCUGCUUUCUUUGAAGCAGAUAUUACUAAGAUCUGUUUCUCAAGGGAAGGUUAUCUUUUGGGUAGCACAGUUGAGGCACAUAGAUUCUAUCACAUAAAUAAAUGGUCAGCUUAUCAGAUUACCAAAAAAUAAGUAUGCAGUUUCUCUAAAAGCCCAGAUUGCUUGAUACCUUAAAACCUUUGUGCCUAAUAUAAAGAAGCUUUUUCUGUAUAGAAUUAUAUAUGUCUGAAAUGUCAAUACAGUUUCGUAACUGAGGGAAUGUUAUACCAUGUGUACAGACUGCAAUAUAGAAGUUGAUUAAUAAAAAUAUAUUCUUAAGGAA